AUGACAAAUAUAAACGUCAAUCAAUUUUGUAGUAUCACUCUCUUGUGUUAUCACUGAUUGUUAAAAUUACAAUCGAAAAGUAUAUAAUACAGUUGUUUUUAAUAAUAAUAAGCAAAAAUGGGAUCUUCAGUGCAUAAAUUAAUUGUUACCGUAGGAUUUCUAUCACUAUUCCACUCAGCAUUUUCAGCAGCACAGCAUCGUUCGUACCUUAGAAUAACGUCACAGGAAUUCACCACUUUACCUUUGGAUAUCGUGGUACAAGCUGUGGUUAGUUUAUUUGCUGUAAUGUGGGGAGUCCUCAAUGUUGCUGGUAAUCUACGAGAGAUACCAGCUGCUGCUGAACUGAAUACAGUAAAAUGGGAGACACAGAGAAACCUCCCAUCAUUCUACGUCUUCAACCACAGAGGAAAGGCUUUGGCUGACAAUUACAUUCCUAGUGGUAGCAAAUGUGAACUAGAAAAUGUUGAAUAGUGUAUUACUAGAGCUAAUAUAAUUAUUUAUUUGUUAAGGCAAGUUAUCAUUAUGUUAUUUGAUGAAGUUUAUUUAUUUUGUAUUGGACAUUCUGACUCAUCAUAGUGUCAUAUUCUCAGUUGUAUGCAGACACUGGACACUGUUGAUGAUAGUAUUAGAGACCCGUAUCAAAGCAGAUUAACUUUAACAGUAUGUUAACUUUAACUUGCCACUACUGUAACAGUAUUGUACAGUAGUGGCAAGUCGGUAAAAUGCCACAGGCCCCCAAUCUGGAAGGGGUCCCCAUACAGAGUUUUUCAUCUGGACUCUCUGUUUAUAUUUGUUAGGCGUACGCUUCAAUGACUUUGCCAUAGUCUCCAUCAGUAUAGUUAUGCCACUGCUGAACAAUAAUAUGAUUUCAUUCAAAAUGUUACCAUUUAAUUAAGAUAGAAAACAUGUUGAAUAAAAACUAUUGGCAAUAAUUUUGAUUAUCAGUAGGCCUGUUCAGAAGUAAAUAAAACAAUUGUCUUAAAAUAGGUUUUUUUCUGCAUAUUUGCACUUAUUUCACUUACACACAUAGAUGAAAACAGGUUUUGCUUAUUUACAUACAACCUUGCAUUUCCUGACAUAUUUGGUAGAUGUGCAUAUCAUGUGAUAGAAAAUGUAUUCCAUGGUGCUCAUCUUAGACGAACACCCAUAAUGUUUCUUCCCUUAAAAGUCUGAACUAGACCACUCAUUUAUGCA